CUCGCCCACGCCUCACCAAAUCCAAAGCUCCCACAGAAUUCAGAGAUCGACCGCUUCUCCUCUUCUUCUUCUUCUUCUUCCUUUCUUCUCCAAGUACCAUUCUGUCUUCUUUUUUUCUUCUUCUUCUCCCCGUGAGUUGGAGCAUCGAUCUCACAUCUCAGGCCAUGGCAGGAAGCAGAGCACUAGUCUUGCUGUUUCUGAAUCUAUUUCUAGCACUGUCAUUGCUCUUCUCUUCCUCGCCGGCCGACGGCCUCAACAUCGGCGUCCAGUCCGUCAACCCUGGCGGCCUUUCUGCGAGCAAAGAGCAAUGCAGCAGAAAGUGCGAGUCUUCUCACUGCACCGUUCCUCCCUUCUUGAGAUACGGCAAGUACUGCGGCAUCUUAUACAGCGGCUGCCCUGGCGAAAAGCCAUGCGACGCCCUCGACGCUUGUUGCAUGGUCCACGACGCCUGCGUGCAGCGUAAAAAUGACUACUUGAGUCAGGAAUGCAACGAGAACUUCCUGAAUUGCAUCGAGACGGUGAAGGGGUCGGGGAAGGGGACGUUUAGGGGGAACAAGUGCAUGGUGGAGGAGGUGAUGGAUGUCAUGACACUGGUCAUUGAGGCCGCCUUAUUAGCCGGUAGAGUCCUUCACAAGCCAUAGAGCCAUCAGCCAUGGCAGGUGAGGGGAGUUCAGUGUCUUUAGGUGUCACUUAAAUGCAUGAACGUGGAAUUUGCCGAGUUCAUACCACAAAAAAUGGUGUAAUUGUUGUUGAAGUAAUUUAACUUUGUGACUGCCCA